AUGGCUGUUGAGGUCGUCCCUCUUACCGAGGCAGAUAUCCCCGGCGCCAUUGAAGUAAUUCAACGAGCAUUUGCAGACGAUCCCUAUUUCAAGUGGGUCUUCGAUUCAUCCAAGGUACGUUCCAUGUCGAGAAACAACUACCAAGAAAAAGAGAAAAAGAAACGAGGGGCCCCAUCUACUCCCAAUCAUCAGGCUAACAUACAUAUCUCUCGUGACGCGGUCAACUUGACCGAUACACGCUGCGAUUGGGGAAUCAAGAAUGCACUAUUCCACGUCGCAAAAGAAACCCGAGAGCCAGACUCCAAAUCCCACAGCACCUCACUAACCCCAACCCCAAUUCUCGGCGUCUCCUGCUGGCUACCGCCCCACCCAUCUACGCAAUCAGAGAGCUGGUACUCCUGGUUCCAAUCAUGGACCCUAUCCUUCAGGCAAAUGCUCAACAACAUCCGGUAUUUUGGUCGCGGCGGGCUGCGCACGAACAGGUACUGGAUCUGGAAACAGCGGCAGGCCGAGGCGCAGGCUGCUAUCUGGGAUGAUCCGCGCGGGUACUAUUUCUGCAAUAUUGUUGCUGUUAGCCCCGAGGCGCAGGGGAUGGGCGUUGGGAGGCUGUUGUUUGAGGCCGUUACGAAAAGGGCGGAUGACGAGGGGGUCAAGUGUUAUCUUGAGAGCUCGAAGAGUGUACCCAAUGUGGCGAUCUAUGAGCGUAUGGGCUUUCACAUGAGUAAGGAGAUGGAGUGUCGGGAUGGGGUGGAUGCUUGCAUGGUAUGUACAUUGUACUUGUUUUGUUGUGUUUGGUCGUGGGGCUGGGAUUCGUUUGGGCUGUUGCUGACUUUGAUUGUUGGUAGUUGUACUGCAUGGUCCGGGAUCCGAGGACGGAGUGAUUCUACGUUUUUGUUUUUGUUUUUGCUUUUGCUUCUAUGA